CUUCUUUCUUUUUCCUGGUCUUUCCCCCCCGUUGUUCUUCCCGAGUUCUAUCUGCCCUCUUCACAGGGCCACACAACCUUCACAAUGACUACGACGACGGUCUACCGCCCCGCCACAGCGCGCAUUACCAGCGCCGAACCUCAAGGUCUGGUUACCCUUGAGCUCGAGGAUGGUGUCGCCUACCAGGGCUACAGCUUCGGCGCGCCCAAGAGCAUCUCUGGCGAGCUGGUCUUCCAGACGGGUUUGGUGGGGUAUCCCGAGUCCAUCACGGACCCCUCCUACCGCGGCCAGAUCCUCGUCAUCACCUUCCCCCUUGUCGGCAACUACGGCGUCCCCCCGAGGGAAGCCCUCGACCAGCUGCUUGGUGAUCUCCCCGCCCACUUCGAGUCAUCGAAGAUCCACAUCGCCGGCCUCGUAACGGCCACAUAUGCAGGCGAGGACUUCUCCCACUUCCUCGCCAACUCGUCCCUCGGCACAUGGCUCAAGGAGCAGGGCGUCCCAGCCAUGUACGGUGUCGACACGCGCGCCCUGACGAAGCGCAUUCGCGAGGAGGGCAGCAUGCUGGGCCGCAUGCUCAUGGAGAAAAAGGACCUGGCCAACGGGGUCAACGGUGACACGGACGGCCACAAGCUCCCCGGCAUCCUGGGCGACUGGAGGCCUCGCUUCGAGUCGGUCGAUUGGGUCAACCCCAACGAGAAGAACCUCGUAGCAGAGGUUUCUAUCAAGGCCCCCAAGCUCUACCGACCCCCCGAGGCUUCCGGCCUGAAGCACCCUUCAGGCCGCCCGCUGCGCAUCCUUUGUCUCGACGUUGGUAUGAAAUACAACCAGCUGAGGUGCUUCCUCAAGCGCGGGGUUGAGGUCCUGGUCUGCCCCUGGGACUACGACUUCCGUCACGAGACAUACGACGGCCUAUUCAUCUCUAACGGCCCCGGUGACCCGGCCAUCUUGGACUCCACGGUCAAGCGCAUCGCCGCAGCCCUGGAGGAGAACCGCACCCCCAUCUUCGGCAUCUGCUUAGGCCACCAGCUGCUCGCCCGGGCUGCAGGGGGCCAGACCACCAAGCUCAAGUUUGGUAACCGCGGCCACAACAUCCCCUGCACCAGCAUGGUGACUGGCAGGUGCCACAUCACUUCCCAGAACCACGGCUACGCCGUCGAUGCGGCCACUCUGCCCGCCGGGUGGCAAGAGCUCUUCGUCAAUGCCAACGAUGGCAGCAACGAGGGUAUCAUGCACGUCGACAGGCCACACUUCAGCGUUCAGUUCCACCCCGAGAGCACCCCUGGCCCCAGGGAUACCGAAUUCCUCUUCGACGUUUUCAUCCAGACUGUUUCCGAGUGCGCUGCCGACAGCAGUCUCUUGCGCAAGCCCGUCCGGUUCCCCGGCGGCACGGUCGAGGAAAAUAACAGGCUGAACCCUCGCGUCUCGGUCAAGAAGGUCCUGGUGCUCGGCAGCGGCGGUCUCAGCAUCGGCCAAGCCGGUGAAUUUGACUACUCGGGCAGUCAGGCAAUCAAGGCUCUGAAGGAGGAAGGCAUCUACACCGUCCUCAUCAACCCCAACAUUGCCACCAUUCAAACGUCCAAGGGCUUGGCGGACAAGGUCUACUUCUUGCCCGUCAAUGCAGAGUUCGUGCGGAAGGUCAUCCUUUACGAGAAGCCCGACGCCAUCUACUGCACCUUUGGCGGUCAGACAGCCCUGUCGGUCGGUAUCCAGCUUAAGGACGAGUUCGAGGCGCUCGGUGUCAAGGUCCUGGGUACGCCGAUCGACACCAUCAUCACCACAGAGGACCGCGAGCUUUUUGCUCGCAGCAUGGACUCCAUUGGCGAGAAGUGCGCCAAGUCCGCCGCCGCCAACAACGUGGAGGAGGCUCUGAGAGUGGUCAAGGACAUUGGCUUCCCGGUCAUUGUCCGCGCCGCGUAUGCCCUCGGUGGUCUCGGCAGCGGUUUCGCCAACAACGAGGCCGAGCUCCUCGAUCUUUGCAACAAGGCCUUCGCCGCUAGCCCUCAGGUGCUGAUCGAGCGCAGCAUGAAGGGCUGGAAGGAGAUCGAGUACGAGGUCGUCCGUGAUUGCCAGGACAACUGCAUCACGGUGUGCAACAUGGAGAAUUUUGAUCCUCUCGGCAUCCACACUGGCGACUCGAUUGUCGUCGCUCCUUCUCAGACGCUGUCCGACGAGGACUACAACAUGCUCCGGACGACUGCCGUCAAUGUCAUCCGCCAUCUCGGGGUCGUCGGCGAGUGCAACAUUCAAUAUGCGUUGAAUCCCUUCUCCAAGGAGUAUUGCAUCAUCGAGGUCAACGCCAGGCUGUCUCGGUCCUCGGCCCUGGCAUCCAAGGCUACCGGCUAUCCCCUUGCUUUCAUUGCCGCCAAGCUGGGUCUCGGCAUCCCGCUGAAGGAGAUCAAGAACAGCGUUACCAAGGUCACCUGCGCCUGCUUCGAACCCUCGCUCGACUAUGUCGUGGUCAAGAUGCCUCGUUGGGACCUCAAGAAGUUCACGCGUGUCUCCACCCAGCUUGGGUCCUCCAUGAAGAGUGUCGGCGAAGUCAUGAGUAUCGGCAGAACUUUUGAGGAAGCCAUCCAGAAGGCCAUCCGGGCUAUCGAUUUCCACAACCUGGGCUUCAACGAGACACCGGCGCUCAUGUCGAUUGACGAUGAGCUCCAGACUCCGUCCGACCAGCGCCUCUUCGCCAUUGCCAACGCCAUGGCCGCCGGCUACUCCGUCGAGCGUAUCUGGGAGCUGACCAAGAUCGAUAAAUGGUUCCUUGACAGGCUCAAGGGCCUUAGCGACUUCGCCAAGCAGAUGAAGGACUACAAGGCAAGCGGCGGCACUCUCAGUCCUGGAAUUCUCCUCCGAGCGAAGCAGCUUGGUUUCUGUGAUCGCCAGAUCGCCAAGUUCUGGGGCUCUACCGAGCUCGCCGUGCGUGGCAUGCGUCUUGAGGCCGGCAUCACGCCUUUUGUCAAGCAAAUCGACACCGUCGCCGCCGAGUUCCCGGCCUACACCAACUACCUCUACCUCACCUAUAAUGCCAGCGAGCACGACAUCACCUUCAACGACAAUGGCGUCAUGGUCCUUGGCUCUGGCGUGUACCGCAUCGGUUCUUCUGUCGAGUUUGACUGGUGCUCUGUCAGAGCGAUUCGCACACUUCGCGAGUCGAAGAUCAAGACCAUCAUGGUCAACUACAACCCGGAAACCGUGUCCACUGAUUAUGACGAGGCCGACAAGCUCUAUUUCGAGAACAUCAAUCUGGAAACGGUUCUAGAUAUCUACGAGGUGGAAACUGCCAGCGGCGUCCUUGGAGCCAUGGGUGGCCAGACACCGAACAACAUUGCGCUUCCCCUCCUGCGUGCUGGCGUCAAUGUUCUCGGUACUUCGCCCGAGAUGAUCGACACCGCCGAAAACCGGUACAAGUUUUCUCGCAUGCUGGACCGGAUCGGGGUGGACCAGCCGACCUGGAAGGAGUUGACAAGCUUCGAAGAGGCAAAGGCUUUCUGUCAGGCGGUUUCUUAUCCGGUGUUGGUGCGCCCGUCCUACGUGCUCUCCGGUGCCGCCAUGAACACGGUCUACUCGGAGCACGAUCUGGAAAACUACCUGCAGCAAGCCGCCGAGGUCUCGCCCGAGCACCCUGUUGUCAUCACAAAGUACAUUGAGAACGCUAAGGAGAUCGAGAUGGACGCCGUGGCCAAGGACGGCAAGGUCGUCUGCCACUUCAUCUCGGAGCACGUCGAAAAUGCAGGUGUUCACUCUGGUGAUGCCACGCUCAUCCUUCCGCCGCAGGACCUGUCCAAGACGACCAUCCAGCGCAUCGAGGAAGCCACCCGCAAGAUUGGCGACGCGCUCAAUGUUACCGGUCCUUUCAACAUCCAGUUCAUCGCCAAGGACAAUGACAUCAAGGUGAUUGAGUGCAACGUCCGCGCGUCUCGCUCUUUCCCCUUCGUCUCCAAGGUCAUGGGCGUGGAUCUCAUUGAGAUGGCUACCAAGGCGAUCAUGAACCUUCCAUUCGAGGAGUACCCCGAAAUCCAGUGCCCUCCGGACUGCGUGGGUGUCAAGGUCCCGCAGUUCAGCUUCUCGCGUCUCUCUGGCGCUGAUCCCGUUCUUGGCGUCGAGAUGGCUUCCACCGGCGAGGUUGCCUCCUUCGGUGCCGACAAGUACGAGGCAUACCUCAAGGCUCUGCUGUCUACCGGCUUCAAGAUCCCUAAGAACAACAUUCUCCUCUCUAUUGGUUCCUACAAGGACAAGGAGGAGAUGCUUCCCUCGGUCAAGAAACUGCAGGAGCUGGGCUACAAGCUCUUCGCCACCGCCGGAACGGCAGAUUUCCUGGGUGCCCAUGGCGUGCAGGUGCAGUAUCUCGAGGUUCUGCCCAAGGGAGAGGAUCAGAAGUCCGAAUACUCGCUCUCGCAGCAUCUGGCCAAGAACAUGAUCGACCUGUACAUCAACCUGCCGUCCAACAACAAGUAUAGGCGUCCGGCCAACUACGUGAGCAAGGGUUACCAGACCCGCCGCAUGGCUGUGGACUAUCAAGUUCCUCUCGUCACCAACGUCAAGAACGCCAAGAUCUUGGUCGAAGCCCUCGCCAGGCACUUCGAGCUGGACAUCAGUAUCCGGGACUACCAGACUAGCCACCGCACGAUCCAGCUUCCCGGACUGGUCAACAUCGCGGCCUUCGUUCCCGGCCUGGUCUCCAGGGACAGCGACGACCUCCAGCGUGCGACCAAGGCUUCUAUUGCUGCUGGUUUCAGCAUGAUCCGAGUCAUGCCCGUCAGCAAGGGGGGCUCGAUCUCGGACGUCAAGUCGUUGAAGGUUGCCCAGCAGAACGGUAAGCGCGGUGCGUACUGCGACUUCAACCUGUCCAUCGCGGCGACCUCGGAUAAUGCCCACCAGAUUAGCCACGCUGCCGGCGAGGUCGGUUCCUUGUUCAUUCCUUUCAACCACCUCUCGGACAACAUCAGCAAAGUCGCCCAAGUGGAGGCGCAUUUUGACGCUUGGCCCACGCACAAGCCGAUCAUCACGGACGCGAGGACGACCGACCUGGCUUCUAUUCUCCUUCUCGCCAGCCUGCACAAUCGCCGCAUCCACGUCACUGCGGUGACCACCAAAGAUGACAUCAAGCUCAUCGCCCUCGGCAAGGAGAAGGGCCUCAAGGUCACUUGCGAUGUCAGCAUCUACUCGCUUCACCUGUCGCAGAAGGAUUUCCCUGGUUGCCAAUUCCUGCCCACGGAGGAGGAUCAGGCUGCCCUGUGGGAAUAUCUGGAGACGAUCGAUGUCUUCUCGGUUGGCAGCUUGCCCUACCAGCUUGCCCACUUCCUGAAGAAGCCUACGGACGUGACUGUUGGCAUUGCCGAUGCUCUCCCGCUCAUCUUGACCUCGGUCGCCGAUGGCAAGUUGACUGUCGAAGAUGUUAGAGUCAGGCUUCACGACAACCCGAUUCGCAUCUUCGAACUGCAUGAGCAGCUCGGCGCGAGCUUGGAGGUCGAGAUCGACCGGCCUUACACUUUGGAAGCCACCGAGUCCUGGUCGCCCUUCACGGGUAAGACCCUGAAGGCUACCGUUCAGCGCGUCACCUUCCAAGACGAAACCGUCUGCCUCGACGGCACCAUGCUCUCGGUGUCCCCGAGGGGCACUGAUAUGUCCACUCACGGGGCACUGCCUCCAACUGCCGUGGUUUCGACCCCCGCUGUCAGGCCCGUCACCCAGCCUAUGUCGCCUACCCCCGAAGACCGUCGCCACAUUCGGUCGGGGCUCGGGAGGCCGAAGCCCACGGAAAGCACUGCGCCUCUCGCUCCCCUGGGUCGGGCGCAUGCCGUUGAUGAACUCGCUCCUCCCCUGACCAUUCAGCCCCACAUCUCGCCGCUGCAGGAGAUGCUGUCUGCGCCGUCGACCUUUAAGAAGUCCCAUGUCUUGUCGGUGACACAGUACACCCGUUCCGACUUGCGCCUUCUCUUCCACAUUGCCCAGGAAAUGCGCCUUGGUGUCCAGCGCGAAGGCGUCCUUGACAUUCUCAAGGGCCGCCUACUGUGUACCCUCUUUUACGAGCCGUCGACCCGCACGUCGGCCUCGUUCGACGCAGCCAUGCAGCGCCUCGGCGGCCGGACCAUCGCCAUCACAACGUCGACAUCGUCGGUGCAAAAAGGGGAGAGUCUCCAGGACACGCUCCGCACGCUUGCCUGCUACGGCGACGCAGUCGUCCUCCGUCACCCUGAUGAGAAGUGCGUGGAAGUCGCCAAGAAAUACUCCCCCGUGCCCGUCAUCAACGGCGGCAACGGAAGCAAGGAGCACCCAACUCAGGCCUUCCUCGACCUCUUCACAAUUCGCGAAGAACUCGGCACCAUGCAGGGCCUGACCAUCACCUUCGUCGGCGACCUCCUCUACGGCCGGCCCGUCCACUCCCUCGUUUACCUGCUCCGCCACUACCAAGUGAAGGUGCAGCUCGUCUCGCCCAAGGCGCUGGCCCUCCCACCUGCCGUCCGCCAGCAGCUCGUCGACGCUGGCGAGCUGCUUUGCGAGUCGGAGACACUGACGCCCGAGAUUUUGGGCAGGACAGACGUCCUGUAUUGCACGCGCGUACAGAAGGAGCGGUUCAACAGCCUGGAGGAGUACGAGGCAGUUAAGGAUUCGUACCGCAUCGAUUACGGCACGCUCAAGCAUGCCAAGUCCAGCAUGGUGGUCAUGCACCCGCUACCGAGGAACGAGGAGGUUGCGGAGGAGGUCGACUUUGAUCAGCGGGCGGCGUAUUUCAGACAGAUGAGAUACGGUCUCUACUGCCGCAUGGCUUUGCUCGCGCUGGUCAUGUCGUAAUGGGGACUGUCUUGCAUCGUGAACGAUGCCUCUGAGUCAUGUUCAUCUUAUUUCUUUUUUUUCCCAUUUUUGUUCUGUUUAUAUACAACAUGGGCCGGGUGGGAAAAGUUUCAAAAAGCAAACCUCAGAUUCCGGUUCUGGUUCCAUUGCAUCAGGUGGUUUUAUAAAACAAAAGCAGAUUCCUG